CCCAGCUUCGACCGCCCGCAAGACCCCGCCCCACUUUCUCUUGGGUGCAGUGCACCCAUUUUUUUUUGGCAGCGCUCCGAUAAGAGGCUUAUCGGCCGUAGCAUGGGGAACGGCCCAGUGAAAUUUUUGGGAGCCCGCCAAAGUUCAGAAGUUUUCAUUGCAAGACAAGACGACAUCAACGACCAAUGGCUGCCGUAUACAAGUCGCUCGCUAAGAGCUCUACCACCAAGCCCGAGGCUCCCAAGGAUGGUGUCAAGAAGAACAAGCAGAGAGUUUUGAUCCUCUCUUCCAGAGGCAUCACCUUCCGGUACGUCUUGGUGAUCUUGGUGAUCUUGUGCUCUCGUCGCAUCCGACUAACCGCAUAAAUUGAUGAUUAGACACCGCCAUCUGUUGAACGAUCUUGCAUCGAUGCUCCCUCACGGCCGAAAGGAUGCCAAGUUCGACUCCAAGUCCCGACUGAACGAGCUCAACGAGCUUGCUGAGCUGUACAACUGCAACAAUGUGCUCUUCUUCGAGGCUAGAAAGGGCCAGGAUCUGUACGUCUGGCUUAGCAAGGUGCCCAACGGCCCAACUGUCAAGAUGCACAUGCAGAACUUGCACACCAUGGAAGAACUGCACUUUACCGGCAACUGCCUCAAGGGCUCGCGACCCAUCCUCUCGUUCGACGCCGCCUUUGACACGCAACCUCACCUCAAAGUCAUCAAGGAGCUCUUCUAUCACGCCUUUGGCGUUCCCCAGGGCGCCAGAAAGUCCAAGCCCUUUGUCGACCACGUCAUGGGCUUCAGCGUUGCCGACGGCAAGAUUUGGGUGCGCAACUACCAGAUUGCCGAGGCGGAAAAGUCGGUCGUCAAGGGUGCCGACGAGAAGAUGGAGAAGGACAGCGACCUGAGCCUGAUUGAGAUUGGCCCGCGCUUUGUCCUGACGCCCAUUGUCAUCCAAGAGGGCUCGUUUGGCGGCCCCAUUAUCUACGAGAACAAGGAGUUUGUGUCUCCCAACCAGGUCCGAUCUGACCUGCGCAAGGCCAAGGCUCUGCGACACACUGCCCGUGCGGAGCAGAGCGUCGGCAGACUCUCGAGAAAGGACGAGCUUGGCUUGCGAACAGCCGGCUCCAAGAAGCAGGCUGUCAGCGAGUUGGAUAAGAGAAAGCUGUUUGCAUAGAUUUUUGUACGCUCACGAUACGAGAAAUUCCCAUGGCGUUAUUUUCUUUAGUUUAUUAAAAAAAGGCUGUAUACAUUUUUUCCACUG